AUGACAAAUUCGAUAAGUUCAAAACCUACUCCUUCUACGGUAGCGAAUGAUUCAAUAGAAGAUACAGAUUAUGAAGCAUUACCAUCACAUGCACCAUUAGCACACCAACUAAUGGCAGGUGCCUUUGCAGGAAUCAUGGAACAUUCUAUAAUGUUCCCCAUAGAUGCAUUAAAAACACGAAUACAAUCAACGAAUGGAUCCUCAACAAUACCGCCUGCCAAAAAUAUAAUAUCACAAAUCUCAAAGAUAUCCACCGCUGAAGGUUCGUUCGCUCUAUGGAAAGGUGUUCAAUCUGUCAUAUUAGGUGCUGGUCCUGCUCAUGCAGUAUACUUCGCUACAUAUGAAUUUUGGAAAUCAUACUUGAUUAAAGAUGAAGAUUUAGAAACUCAUCAACCUUUAAAGACAGCAUUCAGUGGUGCCAUGGCCACUGUCGCAUCAGAUGCAUUAAUGAACCCAUUCGAUACCAUAAAGCAACGAAUGCAAUUAUUGAAAAUGAAAGAAAAUUCAUCAGUUUGGUCCAUUUCAAAAUCAAUAUAUCAAAAUGAAGGUAUAUCUGCAUUCUAUUACUCAUAUCCAACAACUAUUGCAAUGAACAUUCCAUUCGCAGCUUUCAAUUUCAUGAUUUAUGAAUCUGCUAGUAAAUUUUUUAAUCCAACCCAUGUUUAUAACCCUUUAAUUCACUGUUUAUGUGGUGGGAUAAGUGGAACCAUAUGUGCCGCCAUAACGACACCAUUGGAUUGCAUUAAGACUGUAUUACAAGUACGUGGUAGUAAAUCCGUGUCAAUGGAAAUAUUCAAAAAUGCAAACACUUUCAAAAAGGCAGCAAAUGCAAUAUAUCAAGUACACGGGUGGAAAGGGUUUUGGAGAGGUUUGAAACCAAGAAUUAUUGCUAAUAUGCCCGCAACAGCUAUUUCUUGGACCGCAUAUGAAUGUGCUAAACAUUUCUUAUUCUCUACAAAAUUACUACAAGCAAACUAUGAUGAUGAAACUGUUGAUGAAUGA